GUCAUAGUGCCGCUAAUGAUCUGGGGGAUCUUGCUGCUCAUUCAUGUGCAUGGUUUCCAUGUUGUUAGCUGCUCCAUAUCGUCUAGAUCUUCCCGCAAUGUUUGAGGGCGCGCCUAACGUCUAAGAUCUGGAACAGAGUAGGUAGCACCUUUCUGGUAUUCAUUGGGCUCAGCUGAUGACCACGCGAGGAACUAUCAAGAGUUCAACACAAGGAACGGCGUUGAUCAUGAUCAAGGUGACGAGUGAGUUGAGAGCAGUCGCCUGGCAUUCAAAUCAGGCUCAUUCAUAAGAUCUAGAGCCGGCAAUGACCAUUGGCCAACAAUGUCAGAACUCGGGCUCGAAUUGUACACAGUUAGCGUUAGCUUAGAGUUAGAAGAGCGCUAAGCCUUUGAGACUCGAAGAUGAAUACUUGCCUACAGCUAGAAGUAGCGGCGCCUCUUAUGGUCAUGGCGCUGGUAGUUGAUCUCUUUGAUUAUUAUAUUAGAACACUUCGUAAGAGGGAUGCUGGAUGGCAUGGAUUGCAUGGCAUGGCAUGCAUUGCAUGAGCCGAGGGGGUCAGUAUACGACCUCCUUAAGGGAGCGACACGGGGGCGAAGACUCAGGGCGCGACAUAGGGGGGCCACCGCGUUGCUGUCUGUUUUGCUUCUUGCGUUUGUCUUUGCGCGGCCCGCCUUCCUCAUCUUCAGCCACCCCCUUCAGAGCGGCUGGAGCAUGCAGAGCGCCUGGCGCCUGUCCGCGCUCGUUGUAGGAGGACCUGAAUACUGCUCCUGGCAGGUGCUAGCUAUUGUAAGUAGCUCGACUAGGCUAGCUGGCCGGGGAUCUCGACCGUCUUGCUCGGUGUUCCCUGGCGCACACAGGCGACGGCGUUCGCGCUGCUCUUUGCUUGUGUCUGGGGCGGGGUCACAGUCAGUGUGGCUGUGGGCUGUGUUCGUGUUCGUGUAUCGUAGAGCAAUUCUUCGGCGGAGCAGCCCGGUACUGCGGACGAAGUGUGGCGCCCGAAGGGCGCCGCGAAAAAUUUUUGGUUUUUUGGGGUGGUCCAUCCAUGACGCCAUGCGUGCCAUCCAUGCAAUGCAAUCCAGAAGCUCCGCAGUUGCUUUUUAUUCUAUUAUAUAUAAUUAUGAAGAAGAUCAAGCUCAAGAUGAUUUAUCAUCAUGGCAGUUGGCCAUCAUAUUAUCAGCCCCAUUGCAAUUUUCCAUCUGGUGGCUUAUGAUAGACUAUGUCUGUUGCAAGAAGAAUACACAAAAGCUUGAGAUGAAUCAGACGCGGUGGAAAAAAGAAUACUCAACCUGCUUCCUCUACCAUUUUUAAACAAGAGCAACGAGACUCAGACUGCUCAUCUCUAUAUUAUUUAUAAGUAGUUGGAGCACUUCUACAACGUCCGCCACAAUUGAAAAAAGUAGUGUGCUUAUCCAAUUAUCCACCGAUCGUGUUCCGAUACUCGAUGCUAUGCCCCGAAAUCGAUGCUGAAGAACAGCAUUCGCAAC